AUGGCCUAUUUCGGCCUCUUCCGCAUCAGCGAACUGGUAGCGACCACACUUAGCGGUUCGUCCAAUCAAAUUAAGCGAAAAGACGUAGCCAUCACAACCAACGAGCAAUUCAUGUCGGUGACCUUACGAAUACAUAAAACCAGUCAGCACGGUCCACCGAUCACGUUGAAACUCCCCCGGGAAAAAACACACCCAUGUCCAGUAUUAGCUAUGUUAGAGUACCUGUCACUUAAACCUGCGGGAACAUCAGCCUUUAGUCACAGCAACGGACUUCCGGUCACUAGACAACAGGUAACCGCUGUCUUAAACAAAUGUCUAACGAGAGCCGGCCACAGUACCCAAAACUUUAAGACUCACAGCUUCCGUAUCGGCCGUGCGACCGACCUAGCCAUACGCGGCGUACCAGAGACAGACAUUAUGAAACUUGGUCGUUGGUCGUCCCAAGCAUACAAGAAAUAUAUCCGUGUAUAUCUGGGUUUUGGGCGACUCGCUACCCAGGCGCGCGGGACGGUACGCACAGGAGAGGGGCUCGCCGAACCUGCGGUUGCCGCGGACCAUCGCCUGGCUGGGCGUCGGGGGCAUCGGAUGGGAACGUUUCCGCAGGUGCCGGUGCUUUGGUUCACCGACCAGACAUGUGUCAAGCUUGUUGUGUCAUGUGUAUAA